AUGGAUCUUGAAAUGAAACAGGAGGAGGAGGAAGCUGUGUUGAGUUGCAAUUCCACUCCCAAAGCAUGGGGUGAAAGCGGUCGAGGGCCCACCCAGCCUCAGGCGUCGCGCAUUUGGAAGCCAGCAGCUGGUUUAAGGCAAAAGCUGACGAUUACCUCAAAUGUUGAGGAGACAUUGGUAAAAUCCUUCGUUCUGACUCUUGGGCGCUUAGCACCAAUAUCUCAAACAGAGUUUGCAGAGUUCAUCCAGAAGAUUUUCGGACUUGAAGCCGAUAUCAUGAUCCUCUCUGCGGAACCCAAUCUCAAGCUCUACGGGAUCAAAAGGACUGCAAAGUCUGCGGCGUCUCACAUCGGCCUUGCUGACCCAUCCUGGAAUUUGGCACUGGAGAUAUUCGUCGGAUUGCUAACCUAG